AUGUCGGAUCACAUCUGUGUUUGUGCUGUCACAGACCAAAAGUCUGUCUUUGUGUGUGGACAAGUAUGUCGGAUCACAUCUGUGUUUGUGCUGUCACAGACUAAAAAGUCUGUCUUUGUGUGUGGACAAGUAUGUCCGGAUAAACAUCUGUGUAUGGACAAGGUGCUGUCACAGACUAAAGUCCUGAUCUUUGUGUAUGGACUAAAGACUAAAGUCUGUCUUUGUGUGUGGACAAGAGACAGUCACCAACUAGACUUCCUUGUGGCGUAUCUGUCAUCACACCUCCCUGAUGAUGUCAUCAUCUCACAUAGUGAAGAGGCUGGACUUCAGUGUGCUGUCAAGGAUGCUGUAUCAUACCUGAGUCAGGAGGUGAAGACACUGUCCAUAUGUGUGAAGACACUGCUGGGAGACAGCAGCCAGGCUGUGAAGGCACUGAUGAGUUCUAGUGCCUCGGUUGCUGGUGUGACACAUCAGGAUCAAGUAACAGACUUCCAGCAGAGGUUCCGUGAGGAGCAGGACGCCGUACAUAGCUGUGUCGACACCAGUGUGACUGUCCGGGAUACCAGGGUGUUGACAGACAACAUCUGUAGGCUGGAGAGGCUGGAGAGACUGACAGAUGAACACAUCGCAUGUAUGAAGAGUGUGGACUGAUGCUGUAUGGGUGUACACUCCAGUAUUGACAUAUCAGUUUAUCAUGGUUACAAAGAACAUUGAGGUGAUGUGUGAGAGAGCUGGGCCUACCAAUGCUUUGAACAGUGUUUCAGGAAAGAAGAGCCUUGAGAAAAAGCAUAGGGCAUUGAAUUGAAAAGAAGUCAUGAUUAUAGUGUUAAAGCAUUGUCAGGUGUUAAAGGGAUAAAAAACACAAUCACAUUUUAACACAAGUGUUUUAAUAUAGAUGAAUUGUUGCAUAUAACAAUCGUGUUACAGCAAUUCUAAUAGCAAGGUCAGGACUGGUCAAGUCAGUGGCUGAUGGCAUAAAUUAUAAUUCAAAUGGGGAAAACAUUUAAUUUGGGAAUAUAUGUUACCAUGUGUUUGUAUAUAAGACAAGUGAAAUAUUCAUAUUGGUUUGUAAAAACAAUGUAAAGCUAUAAUACUUGAAUUAAUUAAAAAUACUAUAAAAGCGUUCAAUUAUAUGUGUCAUUAAACAUGAACUUGCUCAGUUGAUGAGAUGGACACUGUAUUUUAUGAGGCAUGGAAACCACCUUAAAAGUAUUUCAUAUUUGAUUUCUUAUUCUUACAUUUUACAUUUGUUAUGUUUGUUGCUAGUUUUAGACAAUAUGUUCAUAUGAACAGUUUUAGUGACAGAUACCAUGUUUUUUCCUGAAUUAAAAUACAUUCAUUUCA